CAUGAUGCUCGUAAGUAAUAAGCUUUUUACAAUUUUACUUUGGACAUUUCUUAAAGUUUCAUAAGAUUCACCCACCUACUGUUUAGGAAAACAUUUCUUUGAUGGAGUCAUAGGGAUUUAGUGGAUAAAGGCAAAGGAAAUAAAAGCAGGCAUCCGUGUAAACGGAGAUAUGAACUGCCUUAAGGCGAGAUCUAUAAAACACAGAGGAAAGAGUGAGAAACAAUACAGGCUAUACUCAAAUAUGUGAGUUAAACUGCAUCCAUUACACAAGUGCGAGUGCCUUAAUAUGUGUUUGUGUGUGUAUACAAACAUGAGUGGCUGAAGCAAGCAUAUAUCCCUCCUUCCUCACAUUCCAAGUGGCUAGAGUGAGCUGUGACUGAUCAUCGCUGAGAGCGGUGUGGUCUGAACAACAGAGGCAAGGAGGGAGGGUCUCACACACAGAAUCACACGCACAGCAGAGAGCGGGACAUCUCUGUCUCUGCUGCUGCAGCUGGAGCGCUGAGCGGGAACAGGAAUAUACAGGCAUUAGGAGCAGAAGGGAGAGAGAAAGCGGGGAAGCAAGGGUCCAUAUGUGGCAGUCCGGUGGGUUUGGAGAGUCUAGAGCUGGUGGGGCAUGAGAUCAGUGUCAUGGGGAACUCCAACAGCAAGAAGAAAACCCAGGCUAACCUUAUCAGCAGUCAGCGUGCUAGCAGAGUAAAGUCCAUCUGGCACUUUAAACAUGUGGAUAAAUUCAAAACAGCAGGCCAAAAGCAAAACGAGCCAAGCAAGCUGACUGUACACUACACAGCCUCCCAGCACUACCAGGAGAAUGUGUUCAUAGAGGGAAGCAGACCACAGUACCUGGAAGACCUGCACACUGAGGCCCAGGAAGGACUGAAGAUACUACAACAGGAGGAGAACAAAAAUGGAGUGGACUUUCAGGAUGAUCAGACUGUGCCAGAGGAAGACACAAGCUCAAAAGGAAGGGAUGAAUCACUCGAGACUGAUAGCACUGCUGGACACUCUUUCAUUUCAGUGUCGACCGUCUCAGCAGUCUCCUCACGUCCAGUGCUAACACGUCAAGGUUCCACGUUUAAGCCCUUGAACCCAGUUAAACGACUGGAUAAGACCAAGAGGAGAAGCAGAAGAACAACUAUAAUGGGCAUACCACAGCAAGUCCAACGAGAACUGGAUAUGGCAAGAGGAACGACACUGCAGCAGCGUCCAAAUGGAGAACAUGACAUGACAGAUUCCCCUGGCAGAGUUGUCAUUCCAACAAUUGAUGGAGAGCUCCCUUCAGUAAAUCACAAAGGGGCUCGUGUACACCUGCAAAACAUUGAGGCUCUUCAGACGUCAAGAGAUGAGGAAUUUCUAAUAAACCACAUCCAUUGUGUCUACCAAGAUGAGUUAAACCGAAAGCUUGGGAUAGGAGCAUGCCCUACACAGAGGCCAAAGUCUCUUGCUGUCCCGGGGAUGACCACUUCUUCUUUCCUGCAUGAGCCUCAAGGUCCCGUCAUGUCUAUUUCACCACAGGCAACUUAUUUAUCUAAGAUUAUUCCAAAUGCAGUUCUGCCAGCUGCAAUAGACAUCAUUGAAAUUAACCAUGAUCACAGCCGGCGCAGUACAAGUACAGUUAGCAAGAGUAGUUUAGCAUCAGCUAGUCCAGCUUCUUCACGAUCUGGAGGUGGCACAAAUCAAGAUCCAACUACUGCUAGCACCAACAGGAGCCCUUCACAAUCAUCUGAGACUAUUGUCUCCAACUCCUCCACAGUUUCUUCAAAAGCAAAGUGUCUACCAACAUUUGUUGCUGAGAGCACCAAAGAAGUUUUAGAUUUAAUCCCAAAGGAUGCAAGCGUUACAAGCUCAAGCAGUUGUAAAAGCUCUAACAGUAAUGGUACAAAUCAAAGACUGGAUAACAGGGAGAUGGGUGAAGCAGGGGAAAAUGUCAGAAACAGCCAUUCAUUCUCUCGUAGUCUCUCUGUAAUGAAGACAAAAUUGCCACCAGCACCACCUCAGAGAACGUAUUCCCUGCACCAUGAAAAACUUCAAGGGAAGCGAAGAUCAAGGGAACUGGCAGCAACCGAUGGGCAAACAGGUAGAGAUCCUAGCAGUCCAAAAGAACAUCAGUCCAACAAUAAUGAGAAGGGUUCUGUCCAUUCUUCAGUGCUCAACUCAUCAAGGGAUUUCCAGUCAUCUGUGAAAUCCAGUCCACUUAGUCCUGAUCAAGCCUUUAAUGGAAGUCGUGUUGGAUUAGGUCACUCAUCCCCGCAGAAAACUGGAGAAGAAUCUGGUGAAAACAAAUUUGAUAGGACUUUGUCUCCUUCGAGUGGAUACUCCAGCCAAAGUGGGACACCUACACAUUCUCCUAAAGAGGUCAGUCCAUCCUCACCUGGAAAGAGAAGAGUUAAGCCUUCAAAGCCUGAGAGAACGGGUGUACGGACCUCACCGGUGGUUUCGGUCUCUUCAUCAAUGACAUCUCUAUCUUCGGUCACAUCAGACACGGCACAUCAUGACAUUCAAACCAACAAAACUCCAUCAGAGCCAUUAAAGUGCUCUCCACCUGUUACAACAGUGAAAAACAAGGUGACACCAACACACCCAACUACUGCCCUUAGGGAACUUUUCAACAUUCCGCCUCCACCCAAAGUAAAAGCCCCAACUGCCCCACCCCCUGAAACCUGGGUUCACAAUAAACACACACUUGAACUAUUAUGUGGCCCAGGUCCGAACCCCAACAGGUUACAUCAGCUUCAAAAGCAGCAGAAAGAGUCAUUAAUAGGUACAAAUCAAAACACAAAUUCAAUACAAAUCAGUAAACAAACAAUCCCGAAGACACAGAUAACAGAAGAAAUGAAGUCAGGGACCCAACUGGAGAACAAAGAAGCUGUAAAAGAACAAAACGAGUCCAUGUCAACACAAAUGGUAGCAGACCCUCCAGAUUUAAGGCAUAACGGAAGCUCAACAUUACACAAUGAGCUAAAUGAACUAGAAAGUACAGAGGUCAACCAGAACAGUCAUACACAAGAUCAGGAGGACAAAGGAAGCCACAUACUCCCUACAACGAAGGUACCAACUAUCAAAGUUGAUCAAAGUAUGCUGUUACAAACAAACUGUGAAGUCAAAACAAAUCCUGAAAUUGUGAGCACAACGUGCUCCCCAAGGAAUGACAAAACCAGUGAGGAGAACGAAGGAAAGCACAUUGUUAAGGACAUUUCCAGUCAUAAACAAUUGCAAACUCUUGGCAUAGAAGUACCGGAGGUCAAUGGUAUUUCUCCUCCUCCUUCUCCACCUCCAGAACACCAACCCCCACCACCACCUACUAAAAAGACAUCAGCUGCCUCAGUGUCUGUACCACCAUCUGACAAAGAAAAACGGAGGCAAGAAACAGAGGAACAGGUGUCUCUCCUGGAGUCCUCUUGGCCUCCACCACCGCCUCCAAUGGAAGAGUCUACUGACUUGAUGUUUGAGGAACAAGAUGAACUUGACUUCCCUCCACCACCUCCCUCUAUCCAUGAACCCCUUUCAGAGGUAUCUGCCAGUUGCCAUGAAGAGUCAUGUGAACAGCAAGACAAAGAAUUGAGGUCCUCAGAUAUGGACAGCAGUCCAAACCAAGACUCCAAAAUAGAUACUGUUUUGCCAACAAGAACUGUACAAAAUGAUAUGGAGGAGAGGCAACAAGAUAAGCCUUGUAACAACAUCUCACACUCCUCUGUGGAUGAAGGUGGCAUGGAAAACACAACUGUUGCCCCUCCUAAAACGUCCUCUAUUUUACCAGAAGAACUUGUACAAGGGGAGAAAAUACCAAGUUUGUCCGCACAAGAUUCAGAGCAAACAUCACUUGAUACUCAAGGAGAUUCCACUCCCCUUGCACCUCCUCUUCCAGUGGAAGACCAGUCCACUGGUAACUUCCGAAGGCAACUGAGCCUCGUAAACAAAGAUAACCGGAGCAAAGAACUGCUUUGUCGCCACAAAAGCACACCUAUCCCAAAAGAGGAUGCCAACAUUCCCCUUGUCACACCUUCCUUGCUUCAAAUGGUGCGGCUAAGAUCUGUAAAUGCAGGUGAAGAUCAAGCUGAUAGUAAACCAAGUACUGAGGCCACAACAAAUGAGGAUCUCAGUAUUGCUAGUCAAGCAACUCCACAAAAGCCUAUUCGCAAAUCCUUGAGCCUAAAGUCCAACUCACCUGCUAAGUCAUCUCCUGCUCCAGCCACAGUUCAAUCCAUGCGCCUUCAAGAGGCCAUACGUAUGAAGACCGCUGCGAUGUCCUCCAGUGCAGUUACUGCAGUACUCAAUCCACGCUUAUCCUCAACUGGUAGUGCUAGUUCACCGGUGCCAUCCCCUGGCUGUGACCUACUCAAGUCCCCUGCAUCUACAGCCAGUUUUAUCUUCUCCAAAAGCACAAAGAAAGUUGUGAUUGAAACACCUAGCUCUCCUGAGGUCCAAGCAAGCCUCAAGCAAAGUCUUGCAGCUGAGAUAAUGCAGGUUUCCGACCAAGCCAAGACAAUGAUUACAAAUGGAACAAAAAAGCCAAUUAAGGUGCCGCCACCUGUUGCUAAGAAACCAGUGCAUGGAACAAAUCCUCCCAACAAGAUAGAGAACGCAACACCGGAUAAGACUGAGAUCUUGACGCAUAAACAAAUAACAAGGGUUGAAGUUAAUGGGCAAAGUGAUCAAGUGCAUCCUGCUGGUCAGCGAGCACAAUCAUUAGGAAGCCAGAAGCAAAGAAGUUCAGAGACUGCAUGUUGAAGAGUCACAGUGCAUGAGUUGAGUUUUGACUGGACUGUUUAGUCACAGUUUGGCAGAGAUGAAAGGACAAAGCAAGUGAUGAAAGCCCAAGAAAGUUCUUGUUCAAGGAUCCAUGGAUACCACAACUGUCUUAAAAGCCUUAGCCUGGAGAAAUGGCCUUCAAAUGUAUGCAAAAAGCUUUUCCCAAUCUGUUUUAUAUAGCUUUAUUACAGCUUUCAAGUAUUUUUCUAAAUGACUUUGUCUGCUCUGGGAGAAGUCACUUUUAGUUUAUUGUGGACUUUUAAAAGCUAAUGACUGCAAGAUUAAACUGACAUCUAGUGGUCACUAGUGGUAGUAAUCACUGCUUGGCGCAAAAACAUGUCAUAACCUGUGUUGUAAUUUUUUUGACAUAUCCAAAUAUGUCCAAGCACAUAGAUUGAUUACUAGCUUUUAAUGACAGAAGUUGAUUUUACUAACAGUUUUGAAAGUUUCAGUGCUACUGCAAUCAACUUUCAGAAUUUGCUUUUAGCAAAUGUGUAAUUAUACAUGUACAGAACUAUCUGUUACCUUUUUGCAGUUAUGCUGACAAUGGCUGAAACGUAUACACAUAAAACCUUUACAUAUUUACUUUUCAUUAGAUUAAAGCACUUUUUAAGCUAAAUGCUGCAUUUCUUUUCAAACCAGCAAACAGGUAAGAGUAUUGACUGAUGGUCCCUCUAAAAUCGAUGUAAAAAUAUACAUACACAAAUAAUUUAGUAGCUAUUUACUUCAAGGGAGGAGUGAACAGAAUUACUACACUGUUUUAAAAAUAAAUAUGCAUUAAAGAUAUUUAUAGAUUUA